AUGGCAAUCAACAAUCUUUCAACCGCAACAACUACCAUACAGCUCACUACUGAUGGUACCAAAGGACAUACCCACGCCGAGGGCCUGACCAAGCAAAGCGCAAAGAAAGUAUCAGAACUACUCACAAUCAACCAUAAACUAUACCAUACACGCUUCAAUGCAGGAUUCCACAAUCACAUCGUGCAUCAUCUUCUCGGCCUUUGGGCACUGGGGGCCAGUCCAGAGGAGAUUGAGAAUUUGUAUCAAUACAACACCCGCUAUCAAAUUCCUAUCGAGAAGCCCAAACGUGCACUUUCCGAGACACCCGACUUGAUGGACCCAGGUGUUUUCAAUAAGUGCCUUGGCAGCGAUGAUUACUAUGCAGAUUUCAUGAAGUUUUUUGAAGAGGAAAUCGAUAGGAUAGGUGUGCCGGCAGUCCUUCACGAGUACUUAUUGAAGGGUGAUGAGCGAGCAAAUGAUAUCUUCUAUCGGAUGUAUACAGAUCUGGUUCACCCGAUCAUCCAUCUCGGAUGCGCACUUGAAUUUAAUCAGCCCAGUCUCGUCGCAGAAGCCCUUGCAGCGGCCUGUGUCCACGAAAAUUGGCCUAAAAAAGUCCUUGAACCGGCGGAGACCUAUCUCAAGUCCAAGAAUAAAACCCCUUCAAAGACUCUGUUAGAAAUCAUUGACGAUCUCCGUAACGAUCCGGAAAUUUCCACCGCGGUAAGAUCCACUGAUCCUUUCAACAAGAUCAAAGAGGGACUACUCGCGCGUGUAAACGGUGAACAACUCGCGCCUUAUGUCAGUCAAUUCCAAGUACAACCCACAAAGGAAGACCUACAAGCUAAAUUGCGCGAUAUGAUGCAUACAUCCGCAUACAUGUUGGGGGCAGCGCAACGCCCUGGAAAACGAGAAAUGCUAGACUUCGUCACUUUACACUGCGCCACUCUAUCCGUCUUUUAUCCGGCUAUUCUGGCGCUGGACUGGAUGACCAAUGAGGAAAAGGCCCGUUUGCUUGAAGCCAAGGCAAGAUGGGAUCUCGUAAUGUACGCGGGCGCGAGAUGUCCAGCAUUUUAUCCGAAACGAAUUGUUGACUACGUUCCGAAUCAACCCGAACAAGGUUGGCCCGAACUGUUUCACCGUGCCAACAUAUAUCACGAUGAGGGACAUGUGGUGAAAUUGUUACGUGCUCUGUAUAGCUCGGAUCAGCUAGGCGAUACGGCUGAUGAUUUUCCAAUCUCAAGGGCAGAAUUUUUGAAAAUCGCCCAUAUAGCUGUAGAUUCCACUGAAGAUGUAUUCAAGCCUGGUGGACAUAACAUGCCGGAUGAUAUUCGAGUCAAGAUCAUGCAGGAUGUAGGCCAGGGAGGAGACAUGGUCGUGAACAACAUGAAGCGGUGGGUGUUUUAUGGAGGCAUUGAAACAGCCUGGAAUUUCGUUCCUGAUUUGAGAGUAUCCAAUGGUGCUUAG